AUGCUGUUUCUCAAACUCUUCUUUAUUCGCCAGAGCCCCUCGUCAUUGCCAUCGCCCAUUCCCCCUUCCCUCCCCCUCCCCCUUCCCUCCCCCUCCCCCUUCCCUCCCCCUCCCCCUUCUCUCCCCCUUCCCUCCCCCCUUCCCUCCCCCUCCCCCUUCCCUCCCCCUUCCCUCCCCCCUUCCCUCCCCCCUUCCCUCCCCCCUUGCCUCCCCCCUUCCCUCCCCCUUUCCCUCCCCCCUUCCCUUUCCCCGCUUGCCUCCCCUUCCCUUCCCCCUUGCCUCACCUUUUCCCUUCCCCCUUGCCCCCCCUUUUCCCUUCCCCCUUCCCUCACCUUUUCCCUUCCCCCUUGCCCCCCCUUUUCCCUUCCCCCUUGCCUCCCCUUUUCCCUUCCCCCUUGCCUCCCCUUUGCCCUUCCCCCUUGCCUCCCCUUUUCCCUUCCCCCUUGCCUCCCCUUUUCCCUUCCCCCUUGCCUCCCCUUUUCCCUUCCCCCUUGCCUCCCCUUUUCCCUUCCCCCUUCCCUCCCCUUUUCCCUUCCCCCUUCCCUCCCCUUUUCCCUUCCCCCUUCCCUCCCCUUCUCCCUUCCCCCUUCCCUUCCUUCUUGCCUGGGGAGCGCCACCACGUGUCUAUCGAGGGCGCUUGUAACGGGACGGCCUCCGCGCCGCGCAGCCAUCGCAGAUCUGCGCUUCAACCCCGCCCUCGCACGUUCCCACACGCCUCUCCGCGCUCCCCCGCAACCACCUUCCGCCUCCAUCGCAGCGUCCGCCGCGCCGUUGUGCUGGCGGCGUCAAGCACAAGCGCACACGGGAGCGACGCGCGCAACGGGUGGAAAGCAGCCGCGCGCCACGGGGGUGGCGCAGGGGGGUGCGGAAGAGCCGAGAGCGGUGGGAGGUGCGUGCGAUGAGUUUCCGCUCCGCUGCUCCUCCUCCCAGCGCCCCGCCGAGCCGUCGAGGCGCUGA